ACAAGGGCAUCUCUCAGUAUCAGAGUCAGAGAGAGAGAGAGAGAGAGACAUAAAGGGCAGAGCUUUAUUCCGUACUCGGUCAUCUCCUACCUCAAACCCAACUGGGUCUUUCAUCUUUUUCACUCAAGGGUUUCUCUCAAUUGAAGAUGGUGGACUUUGCCAGGGUUCAGAAGGAGCUUCAAGAAUGCAGCAGAGACAUAGAGCGCUCUGGUAUCAAAGUCGUCCCCAAAAGCGAUGCUAAUCUCGCCUGUUUACUUGGCACCAUACCCGGCCCAAUUGGUACCCCUUAUGAAGGUGGCACUUUUCAGAUCGACAUCUCCUUACCAGAUGCGUAUCCUUUUGAGCCUCCCAAAAUGCAGUUCACAACCAAAGUUUGGCACCCUAAUAUCAGCAGUCAAAGUGGAGCAAUUUGUCUGGAUAUCUUGAAGGACCAAUGGAGCCCAGCUCUCACAUUGAAAACAGCACUUCUUUCUGUACAAGCAUUACUCUCUGCCCCUCAACCCGAUGAUCCUCAAGAUGCCGUGGUGGCACAACAGUAUCUGAGAGACUAUCAGACCUUUGUUGGCACAGCUCGAUACUGGACAGAAUCCUUUGCCAAGUCAUCAUCGAUUGGGAUUGAUGAAAAGGUAAAAAGACUCGUAGAGAUGGGCUUCCCUGAAGGUCGGGCAAGGAGUGCUUUGGAAACUGUUGGUGGGGAUGAAAACUUGGCCCUUGAAACUCUUUGCUCUGGUUAGCGAAAAGGAAAAGCUUUCACAGAUGACAGCAGCUAGCUACCAGCAGAUUUAAUUUUAAUUAAGUAUGUAUAUUACAUAUGCCACCCACCUUAAGAGGCUGGGAAUUAUACUGACAUAAAGGUUUAGUUGGAUACAAGGAUUUCUUGGUUUAGUUCAUAUCAUCGUUUCUUGUUUUCUCUUGUAUUCCUGCAGACUUGCAUUCUUUCUAUCCUCAUUAACCUCUCAUCUUCUGAGGCAAGUGCUUCUAUGACAUUGAUUUGCUUUUCUGCAAGCUGCUUUUGUUGCAAGGAUGGUGUACUGGAUCCAAUUGUGUUAAUUGGCAAGGAAAUGUGCUUGUUUGGUGUUGGAUUUAUAA